AUGCAUCUUCCAAUGAAGCAAGACGGUGCCGCGAUGGGUGUCCCCGCGGACGUCAGUUUUGACGCUGCGGUGCAGCGUACUAACGAUGACAGUGUCGUGAGCAAACGCUCGGCGGUGUUCCAUGGGUACUUUGAGGAUCCGUAUCUUCGACAUUUCGUGCGAAAGUUGUCUCGGCGUUCCCCGUUGAUAAAUCGUGGGUACUAUUUGCGUAUGCUGGUCAUUACGGAUCUUAUUGAGAAAUGCAUUUGUCACCUUCAAUGCGCUGACUCCUCCAUUGCGGCACCCGUGCAGGUUAUCUCCCUUGGCGCCGGAUACGACACUCUCGCCAUGCGUCUUAAAGAAGAACCCCAAUACGCCAAUGUGCACUUUUACGAGGUUGACUUUCCAUCGGUCAUGCAGUCCAAGUCGGAAUUGGUGCGGGCAGCUCCAAAAGGCGCCUUUAAGGAGGACUUGGUUGCGGAACCGGCACAAGAACUGGUGAAACUGCAUGGAAACAAUUACCGUGCGAUUGGAGUGGAUUUACGUGGCACGGAACACGACCUGAUUAACUCCCUAAUGAAGGCAUCGCAGUACUUUUCCCCCAAUCAUCCCACAGUUCUCUUCGCCGAAUGCGUCAUGCAAUACAUGCCCCCGUCUUCCGCAGCUGAUCUCAUCAAGCUUAUAGCAUGCUCCUUUUCGAGGGCUAUAUUCGUUGCGUACGAUCAGGUGAAUCCGGCAGAUAGCUUUGGUAAUGUGAUGCAAGUUUCCCUCCGUGCUAAAGGCAGUCCAUUACUUGGGCUUGCAGAAACUCCAGGAAAAACAGC